GGAACAUGAUACACUGUAUGGCCGUAUUGAAAUGACUGCAUGUCAUGCACACGCAAGCAGUAAGAACUAGCAAAGAAUGAUUUUCCGCAUUUUGUGGUCAUACUCAUUUACAGUGAGGUUUACUUAAAGAACACGCCAGGUGAAUUGAGCUGGAUUGUCAGACCGAGCGGUGGCCCUCCAACGGACAUUAUGUACGGCCUUUUUAACGGGAAAAGUAACAUCAUCCGCACUUCUGACACCAAAAAGUUGAAAUCUAAGGAUCCGGCGGAUCUUCAAGUGAAGGAAGUGGUUCUUGAUAUCGUAAACAAUACGAAAGCUCACUAUACGGAUGAGUUUGACAUCACCAAUCCAAGCGACCGUGCCAGCCGGAAGUUGCUUAUUGUUAGGCGCGGGCAGGCAUUCAAGAUCAACGUCACAUUUAAUCGCGCGUUUGAUAAAAAUCAGGAUGAUCUCAGACUGACGUUUCAGUUCGGCAAACAGCCGAAGCCAUCAUCAGGCACGUUCAAGGAUAUCAUUUUGUCCGAAAUGGAUGACAGGAACGCUUGGGGAGCUUGGUUAGAAUCAAGCACGGACAACGUGGCUUCUUUUCAGAUUAUGACGCCACCAACGAUUCCCGUGGGAAAAUGGAAAAUGGGCAUUGACGUCAUCAAGAGAAAAGAACGAAGUUCAGUUACAUUUAGAUAUGAACACAAGGACCACAUUUACAUCCUCUUUAAUCCGUGGUGCAAAGAUGACAGCGUGUACAUGGAAGAUGAAGACGGUUCCCUUCUUGGGGAGUACGUCCUCAAUGACACAGGCAAAAUUUACGUUGGCUCCAGUAAAAGUAUUCAUUCAACGCCCUGGGUGUUCGGACAGUUCACCGGUGAUGUUUUGAACACCGCCUUGUACCUUCUGGAUUGUGGCUGGUUAAGAGAUGAAAACAGGGGCAAUGCCAUAUUGGUCGCAAGAAAACUCUCAGCCUUGGUGAACAGCAAUGAUGAUAAUGGCGUGCUUGUCGGCCGUUGGCAAGAACCUUAUACGGGAGGAGCACGUCCAACAACAUGGGUUGGAAGUGUCGCCAUUUUGAAUGAGUUCUUCCGGAAGAAGAAGCCGGUGAAAUAUGGACAGUGUUGGGUGUUUUCGGGCGUUCUUACGACGGUUUGUCGAGCCAUUGGUAUCCCAGCCCGCAGUGUGACGAAUUUCGACUCUGCACAUGACACGAAUGGCAGUAUGACCAUAGACCACUACGUGGAUUCGAAAGGAGAAAUAGUGAACUUUGAUGAUAGACCAGAUUCACGCUGGAACUUUCACGUGUGGAACGAUGUGUGGAUGGCGCGGCCAGAUCUUGAGCCAGGAUAUGGCGGCUGGCAGGCCAUUGACGCCACUCCCCAGGAAAUGAGUAACGGAUAUGCCCAAAUGGGACCGAUGUCAUUGCGGGCUAUUCGCGAAGGGAAGGUUGUAAUGAAUUACGACGGACCAUUUGUUUUUGCCGAGGUAAAUGCUGACGAGGUAUAUUGGAAGCUGGAUGGAAAAAGAGGAACGAAGGUUAUCAAAGUGAACACUGACAGCAUUGGGAAGUGCAUAAGCACAAAGCGUGUGCCAGGAACCAAGACACUGAUACCCGGAGACCAGGAUGAGGACAGGGAGGAUGUAACACACCUUUACAAGUUUAAAGAAGGUACACCAGAAGAAAGAGCCGCUGUGAAAGAAGCAAUCACACACUCCAAGACCAAGAACAUAUGCGACAUGGAAACUAAGGACGUGAACUUUGCAGUGAUGGGAAUGACUGACCUGUAUGUUGGUCAGGCGAUAAACAUGCAGCUGUUGAUGGAGAACAGGAGCUCCGACAAUAGAACAAUCCAUGGCACAGUUGUGAUAGGAACUACUUACUACACUGGGGUAUUCCACAAGGAGUUACUUAAGAAAAAGUUUCGGAACACCAUCGUGAGGCCGCAGCAACAGGAAAAGUGUGAGUUUGAGGUCGAUGACUACUAUGAGCACCUGCUGGACCACGGCCUCUGUACAAUGUCCGUCGUGUGUUAUGUCAAGGAGACCGAGCAGCACUUCAUAGAAAGGAAAACUGUCCGACUGAAAUAUCCAGAUAUAAAUUUUACUUGCGGCAUUGAUGAGAUGAAUGCGGUGCAGCUUCUCGGAAAAAAGACCCAUGCAGAGGUAUAUUUCGAGAACCCACUUCCUAUUGCACUUACCAAAUGUGAGCUCCGAGUUGAGGGACCAGGACUACUGAAGCCAGUCAUCUGCAAACAACCGAAUGUCGUGCCGAAGGGAAAGUUCAAAACGACAAUUACUGUGGUCCCCACGAAGAUCGGUAAGAGGGAUAUCGUCGUGUCCUUUAACUGUCAGCAGCUCCCUGGCUGGAAAGCGACUAAAACAAUCACUGUGACGUAGACAAAACACGUAUAGAGGCAUUCACCGUGCACGGUUAUAUGACGUCAGAUGUUUUGCAAAAUCUUUGAAUGUUUCGCACUGGAAAUGUUGUAACAUUUUGUUUGUUUUGAAAUGUGUUCGAUUAUUUUUUCGUUAUAUUUUCUGUUUUUAUCUUUAGACAUUUUUUUCCUUUCGACACAGGCUCUUUUAAGAAGUAUUAGUUAUGCUUUGUUGGAAAGGUACCCGUUUAUCAUCAUUGCAAUACCAAACAUGUUUAAUCCAUUCUCUCUUAUAAAGAUCUUAUAAUCUUGUUCAUACAGUUUUGUCGUUUCAUUAUUACACUACACCCUAGACGGCUACAGUAAGCUAUCACAUUUAUAUAUAACUAUACACCCUAGACGGCUACAGUAAGCUAUCACAUUUAUAUAUAACUAUACACCCUAGACGGCUACAGUAAGCUAUCACAUUUAUAUAUAAUUAUGUGUUGGAUGCGUGUUAUAAAUGUUUUACUUUUACUUUACGAUCGAUAAUACAUUUGCUUGUAAUACAUUGGCUUAUAAAACAUUUGCUUGUAAUUCUUUUGCUUUGAAUACAUUUGCUUGUAGUACAUUUGCUUGUAGUACAUUUGCUUGUAGUACAUUUGCUUGUAGUACAUUUGCUUGUAAUACAUUUGCUUGUAAUACAUUUGCUUGUAAUACAUUUGCUUGUAGUACAUUUGCUUGUAAUACAUUUGCUUGUAGUACAUUUGCUUGUAAUACAUUUGCUUGCAGUACAUUUGCUUGUAAUACAUUUGCUUGUAAUACAUUUGCUUGUAAUACAUUUGCUUGUAAUACAUUUGCUUGUAGUACAUUUGCUUGUAAUACAUUUGCUUGCAGUACAUUUGCUUGUAAUACAUUUGCUUGUAGUACAUUUGCUUGUAAUACAUUUGCUUGCAGUACAUUUGCUUGUAAUACAUUUGCUUGUAGUACAUUUGCUUGUAGUACAUUGGCUUGUAGUACAUUUGCUUGUAAUACAUUUGCUUGUAGUACAUUUGCUUGUAGAACAUUGGCUUGUAGUACAUUUGCUUGUAGUACAUUUGCUUGUAGUUCAUUUGCUUGUAGUACAUUGGCUUGUAAUACAUUUGCUUGUAAUACAUUUGCUUGUUUCAAUUUUGAAUGUAAUACUUUCGCUUGUAAUACAUUUGUUUGUAAUAUAAUUUCAUGUAAACCAGUAGCAUGUAAUAAAUUGGCUCGUAAUACAUUGGCUUGUAAUCUGCACGCUAGUGAACUUCUGAUAGAACUUUGUUCAAAUGCGCAUGCCUCUCCUGUUUUAUAUUGUAUAUCAUUUGAUGUGCCUUUGAUGUUUAUGUAUUAAAAUUUCCUUUUACAAAAUUCUUAUUUGGUUUCUUUAUAUA